UGGUUAGCUCUGGCAAUAGUUUUUCGAAAAUGCGGUUCGGCUACGCAAGUGCAGUUCUAGUAUUGGCAACAUGCUGUUUAUGGACGGCGGGCCAUGCCUGCAAGACCAUCGAGCAGCGCUUCAGGUUCGAAAAUAGCGACAUCUAUUUGAGACUGCGACGCGGCGAUAAGCUGCAUUAUGAGCUGAUGAAGGGCACCAACACGCUGCAGACCGUGACCUUGGAUAACUUUGUGACCAGCAGCGAUCUGGAGGCCACGUCCACUGGUGGCUUCAAGCUGAGCGACGGCACCACCACCAUCGAAUUUACCCUGGUGCAAUCCAGCAGCAGCGUGACCCAUGUCCGCGUGGCUCGCGAUCAGGUGGUGAAAGGCACACAGCCGAGGGAUUGCGUGAGGCUAAAUAAGGGACGCGUUCAUUGGUUUGGCGGCUCGGAACAGAAGCAACACUAUUGGCCCGUGGAGCGCCAGCAAUACAGCAACUUCUCGUAUGUGCCUAAGGAGUUGGGCAAUAUGGGUGUGGCGGAACGAUACUGGCUGAACAGCGAGGGCUUCUUCCUUUUCGUGGAUAAUACAACUCCUCUGUUUAUUGAUCAGAAUGCGGCCGGCCUGGAGGAUCAGCUCUGCAUCAGCGCAUUUAGUGCCUUGCCCUACGACACACGAUUGUCCUCGUCCAAGUUUAGCUAUCAGCUUGGCUUUGCCAAAGAUGCGAAGGCGGCCCAUAUGUACGCGGUGAGCACGCUGCUGGGCAAGCCAACAGGCUAUCCUGAUGAGCGCAUGGUUCAGCAUCCGGUGUGGUCCACCUGGGCGCUAUACAAGGCGGAGGUCACAGACGAGGUGGUGCGCGACUUUGCACAGCAAAUCCUUGACAAUGGCUUUGAGAACAGUCAACUAGAGAUUGACGACGACUGGGAAGAUUGCUACGGGGCUCUCACCUUCCGCAAAAACAAGUUUCCGGAUGCCAAGAAGCUGACAGAUGAUCUUAAGGCAUUGGGCUUUAGGGUAACCUUAUGGAUACACCCCUUCAUUAACAACAACUGCACAGCCAUCUACGAGACGGCCAAACAGCAGGGCUAUCUGGUAGUCGAUCACGCAGGCAGUGCCGAUACACAGUGGUGGAACAGUCAGCCAAAGGAUGCCGCCUAUCUGGACUUCACCAAGACGGCGGUGCAGGAGUGGUUCAGCACUCGCCUAAAACGCCUGCAGACCGAGGAUGGCAUUGAUAGCUUCAAAUUUGACGCAGGCGAGACCAGUUGGGUACCCACGGAUCCGGUGCUUCAGGGUGACGGAAACCAGACCCCGCUGCAGAUUACCACCGACUACGUGCGCACAGUGGCCGCCUUCGGCGAUAUGGUUGAGGUGCGCUCUGGCCAAAGCACACAGGACUUGCCCAUAUUUGUGCGCAUUGUCGAUAAAGAUUCCGAAUGGGGCUGGAACAAUGGCUUAGUGACACUGAUUACAUCGCUGCUGCAGAUGAAUAUGAAUGGUUAUCCCUUUGUGCUACCCGACAUGAUUGGCGGUAAUGGCUACAACGAGAAGCCGCCCACGAAGGAGCUCUUCCUACGUUGGCUGCAGGCCAAUGUGUUCAUGCCCAGUCUGCAGUUCUCCUUCGUGCCCUGGAAUUUUGAUGAAGAAACUAUUGAGAUUAGCAAGACCUUCACUAAGAUGCAUUCGGAUUACACGCCCUACAUCAUGAAGAUGUUCAAGCGCGCCACGGAAACGGGUGAACCUGUCAACGCUCCCCUCUGGUGGAUUGCGCCCGAUGACAUAGUUGCUCAGGGCAUCUACGAUGAAUUCUUGCUGGGCGAUGACAUUAUUGCGGCACCGGUCAUUUUGGAAAACGCCACCAAUCGAGACAUUUACCUGCCCGAGGGCGAGUGGACUGAUGGUAACACCGCAACGGUAUACAAGGGUCCCGUCUGGCUCAUGGAGUAUCCCGCGCCACUGAACACAUUGCCCUACUUUGUGCGUGUGGGCUUUAAGUUGGAAUAAAUUACGGAUUCUUAGCGUUAAUUUAUAUUAAUAUUU